AUGGCUUUAUCAGUUGUCUACCUAAUCUCUAUUGUUUCCCUCGUUUUCAUUGUUCAUUUAGGAGAUGCUGAAAGACCGAUCGCAGAUCUUUGCAAAUAUACGCGAUCAUUCGAUCUCUGUACACAGAUAUUAAACGCCGAUCCAUCCAGCAAAUAUACCAAUACAGCAGGUCGAGCUGAAAUUACGAUUAAUGCUGCGAAAAGCAUUGUUGUGGACACAUCGAGAUACAUACUCGACGAGCUUGUUAAAACUUUUACUGAAGCAAAUGCAAUUAGAGUUGUCACAGAAUGCAGUACGUUAUAUGACAAUGCAAAGGCUCAACUUGAGGCAGCAAUCGAAGUUUUGUAUGCUUAUGGUGCGGAAGAAGAACCCCAGGAUGGAAUCGAUCGGGCUGCUUCAUGUCUUGAUAGUUGCAAAAAUUCUUUUAGCAAUGCCACUCCUCCACUAGCUUAUCCUGAUGCAUUGGCACAAAGGCAAAAAUCUUUUCAGGAUAUAUGUGGUGUUGCUGAUGAUAUUGUGGAACAGUUUGAGUUAGGCGACUGA